GACGGGGGAAUUUUUCCUCCGCACUUCCGUAGCGGUGUGGUCUCCGCGGUCUCUUGGGCAGCCUGGAUGGGGGCUGUAAAACAGCUGGUUUGGGUGAAAGGCUUGCGCAGAGCGGAGUUCUAAGUAAACGAAAGUGAAAGUACGCUUUGGGUUCGUAUAAUUUUAGGGAUGUUAGUGGGCGUUCUUUAGCAUAGAGCUCGAUAAGAACGUUGCAAAGCUGCCGGCUGUUUAUCCGUCUGUCGGAGGAAGCUGAAAGUGAUAUUCUGCCAUUCCUGUAGAAAGACUGUGCAGGAAACACGCAAAUUGUGGUGUAAACUCUUCCACGCAGUUGGUCCGGGACAGAAACAGCCACAUCGACAGUCCGGCUGCAAGCAAGCACAGAGCAGCCGGCAUCUGAGCUGGGCGAGCAGGAAGGUUGUACAGCAUCCAGCAGUACUGCCAGUGGCCUUUGGGUGUUUUUUUUGUGCCUGACACAGCUCUUCCACCUUCCACCCGCUCCAAGGGCCUCCUCGUGAGCAUCUCCCCAAAAUGAAUCGCUGCUCUGACCGUGCAGUGUCAGUCCUGACGCUUUGUCUGCUCUGCACUUCGCUUCUGCCUUCGCUGACCGCUAUAACCAUGGAGAACCUGCCUAAUGCCAACAGCAGAUUUGCACUUGAUCUGCUCAGAAGGUUUAGUGAGGCCAACCCAACAGGAAAUGUUUUCUUCUCUCCUGUCAGUGUCUCUGCUGCUCUGGCCAUGGUGCUUUUGGGGGCCAAAGGUAAUACAGAGGCCCAGGUGCUGAAGACACUUCAUUUUGACAAAGUUGAAGACAUCCAUUCAAGAUUUCAGGCUCUGACAAUGGAUAUAAACAGAAGCAAUGCUCCCUAUCUCUUACGAAUUGCCAGUCGGCUUUUUGGAGAGAAGUCCUACAGCUUUUUGCCGGAUUUCCUGACUAAUACACGGAAAUUAUAUGGAGCUGAUUUGGCUACAGUUGACUUUCUUCAGGCUUGUGAUGAAGCCAGGAAAGAAAUUAACCAGUGGGUUGAGCAGAAAACUGAAGGUAAAAUCCCUGAUCUGCUGUCUGAGGGCUCAGUUGAUAACUCGACCAGGCUUGUGCUGGUGAACGCUAUUUAUUUCAAAGGGAACUGGGCAGAGAAAUUUAAAGAAGCUGACACCACUGACAUGCCAUUUCAGUUAAGUAAGAAAGAAAGAAAGACAGUGAAAAUGAUGUAUCAGAAAAAUAAAUUUAAUUUUGGCUACAUUCCUGAAGAGAAGGUCCGUGUUUUAGAGCUGCCUUACGAUGGAAGAGAACUUAGUAUGAUCAUCCUGUUACCUGAUGACAUUGAAGAUGACUCUACUGGGCUGCAGAAGCUGGAAAAGCAGCUUACCUUAGAGAAGCUCCAGGAAUGGACACGUCCAGAACAUCUAUAUUCCACUGAUGUUAAUGUGCGUUUGCCAAAAUUUAAGCUGGAAGAAAGCUAUGAUCUUAAAUCAGAUUUAGCUGCUAUGGGCUUGUUGGAUGUAUUUGACAGUGGUAAGGCUGACUUGUCGGGAAUGUCGGGGGCACGUGACCUCUUUCUCUCUGAAGUUGUCCACAAGGCUUUUGUAGAAGUGAAUGAGGAAGGCACGGAAGCUGCAGCUGCCACUGCUGGCAUUGCUAUGCUCUGCAUGCUUAUGGAAGAGGAUUUCAAUGCUAACCAUCCUUUCCUCUUCUUUAUUCGCCACAACCCAACACAAACCAUACUUUUCUUUGGCAGAUACGCUUCUCCAUAAAAGAGAACUUAGCAUUUGCAGACCAGCUCCUGCCGUUGUUAAUGAAAACUUUGCUCCUGAAUGAGUUGGAUUUUGAUGUAGGAAGUUAAUGCUCCUGUCUUGAGUUCCUAGUAACUUUCACUGAGAUUCUGCCUUUCCCAUUAAAGCAAUUCCAGAGAAAUAUAGGAGUGUAAUUUAUUUUUCUUUCUUGAUAUUGACAUAAUCUUUAAUGAAAUGAGGAAAAUCUUGACUGUAGACAGAGGAAACCUUUUGAAAUUGGAGUAGAAAUAGAAAUAGUCUUGAAAGAAAUGUGUGUCUCCUCAAGCGCAGGAAAACCCUAUGUCCGUCCUUACAUGGGUUUUUCUGUGUCGACAGCCCCCUGUUGUAAUAAUCAGUCACUCCUUAAUAAUCCAGUCACUCCUUAUGCAUAUAUACUAGGAUGUUCUUGCAAAGCUGUUCCUCCCCUAAAGCCUUGCUUUAUGAAAAUACGGUAAUAAAAUACUUCUAGGCACCAAAAGGCAUAUCCUGAACAGCUGAGUUUACCCAGUUCUGUCAUGAAAUAGAAGGUCAGAUAACAUUUGUUUAUAGUCAUCUAUUAAUAGAAAAAGGAUUAAGCUAUUUAAACAAAAGUAACCCCUUCCAGUCAUUAGCCAGAAAACUUGAAACAGAGCUUUUGAAUGAGGAGGAUUUUUAAAAUUUACAGGCUGGUGCCAUUUUAGUUAUAGAAAACGUGAAAAUGUGCCAGGGAUUAGAUAUUUUAGGUGCCUUUUUGCAAGUUCAGAAGCUGAGAUUAGAUUCUGACCAGAACCUAUAUCAUCCUCAAAGAUACUUCACCUCCCCAGAGGAUAACUGGGUAUAAUCUGAAAGAAAUAUCUGAUGUGUAUCUUUAUGUACAAGGAUUCUAUAUUUACUGACUUCCACUACCUCUUUAUACACAAGCCUCUUGUACUGUACCACAGCCUUGUGCCUGUGAGCCAAUAUAAUUACAUACUGUAGUGUUCUGUGUUUAUUUCUGGAGGUUAUUUACUUGUAUCAUGUUUAUCUUGGGUACUGUAAUGUUUACCUGUACAACCUCAGCUCUGAGUGUGGCACAAUAAUUUCUGUAACUUCAAACUGUAUAUUAAUUUUUUCUUCAAGCAACAAAUAAAAGUAAUUUUCUUAAACUUGUGUUCAAAA